CCUGGAACGGAGUGGGGGCGGGCUUGGGGAUGGGGUGGACCCCCUGAGCUCUAGGCUCAGGACUGGCUCUGAGGGUAACUGGCUUCGCAGGGCGCAGCUGACGUUCCUGCCCAGAUGGCCUCCAGGCUGACCCCGCUGACCCUCCUGCUGCUGCUGCUGCUGGCUGGGGAUAGAGCCUUCUCAGAUACCAGCCACAGCACCCAGGAUCCAUUGGUCAUUCAAGACGCCAUCCCUGAGGGAGAUGGCCCCCAGAGUCCCAACAAGCAUACAGUACAGUCUUCUACUGGGACAACAACCAAUGAACCCACCAGAACCACAGCUGACACCACCGAGUCCAUCAUCCAGCACAUCCAAUCUGCUGUGCAGCUACCCACGGAUUCUCUCAGCCAGCCUUCUAUGAAUUCUUCCAGCCAGCCCCCCAUGGAUCCUUCCAGCCAUUCCCCCAUGGAUCCCUCCAGCGAGCCUUCUACAACCACAGAUUCUCCCACCCAGGCUCCCAUUGAACCCUUCUGCCCAGGGCCCCUGGCUCAGUGCUCUGAUUUCAGAGGCUCCUCAGAGGUUACACUGGCGGAAGCUUUGACAGAUUUUUCUAUGAAGCUUUAUCACGCCUUCUCAGCCACCAAGAAGGCUGAGACCAACAUGGCCUUCUCCCCAUUCAGCAUUGCCAGCCUCCUCACACAGGUCCUUCUUGGGGCUGGAGACAGCACCAAAAGCAACUUAGAGAGUGUCCUUUCCUACCCCAAGGAUUUUGCCUGUGUCCACCAGGCUCUGAAGGCCUUUUCAUCCAAAGGUGUCACUUCUGUGUCACAGAUCUUCCACAGCCCAGACCUGGCCAUAAGGGACACUUACGUGAAUGCCUCUCAGAGUCUGUAUGGAAAUAGCCCCAGAGUUCUGGGCCCAGACAAUGAUGCUAACUUAGAACUCAUCAACACCUGGGUGGCUGAGAAAACCAAUCACAAGAUUAGUGAGCUGCUAGACAGCCUGCCCUCUGACACUCGCCUUGUCCUGCUGAAUGCUGUCUACUUGAGUGCCAAGUGGAAGAAAACAUUUGAACAAAAAAAUAUGAAGGCAUCUUUCCGCUACAAAAACUCUGUGAUUAAAGUGCCUAUGAUGAGUAGCAAAAAGUACCCUAUGGCCCAUUUCAGUGACCAGACUUUGAAGGCCAAGGUGGGACAACUACAGCUCUCUCACAACCUGAGCUUUGUGAUCAUGGUACCCCAGAGCCAGAAGCACAAACUUGAAGAUAUGGAAGAGGCACUCACCCCCACUGUCUUCAAAGCCAUCAUGAAGAAGCUGACACUGUCUAAAUACCAGCCCACUUACCUUAUGAUGCCUCGUAUCAAAGUAAAGAGCAGCCAAGACAUGCUGUCAAUCAUGGAGAAAAUGGAAUUCUUUGACUUCACUUAUGAUCUCAACCUGUGUGGGCUAACUGAGGACCCAGAUCUUCAGGUGUCUUCCAUGGAGCACCAGACCGUGCUAGAGCUGACAGAGACCGGCGUGGAGGCAGCUGCAGCCUCCGCCAUCUCUGUGGCCCGAAACUUAAUCAUCUUCGAGGUGCAGCAACCCUUCCUCUUCCUGCUCUGGGACCAGCAACACAAGUACCCAGUCUUCAUGGGCCGGGUAUAUGACCCCAGGGCCUGACACAGGCUGGAGCAGGCUUGAGUAAACCCCACCACCCAGGCUUCAGCCCGUCCAGUUACUGCCUUGCCACUGCCUUCCUUCCUAGCCACUUCCAGCCUUAGGCUCGGGCAGAGGGAACUGUUUUCAUCCACUAGCAACAUGUUCUCUAAACCACUGCUUGCAGUUUUAUGGUUCAAGUUUACCAGUCUCUACAAAUAAAACUUGCAGACAUUUCUUCUCUUA